AUGUCUGAUAUUACCUUUUACACCCGAGAAACUAUGGAAAACGUUCCAUACAACAAAUUUUUCGAAAUUUUUUCCUGUGAUAAAUGGUCUCUUUAUCAUUAUGUGUCCUUAGUGAUUGAUAAUUACAAGUUCGCCGAGAAAAAGAAAGCCCAUCGUACCUUUUUCAAUACCUUAGAUGACAUUAAUGACAAUCAUGGCAUAUCUCAAGAAGUUCGAAAUAUUGCUCAAAAUCUUGUAAAGAGAAGAAAG